CAGGGAUAGGGAAGUCGACGUUGAUGAACACGCUGUUCAACACACUGUUUGAGGCCGAGGAGGCCAGCCACUACCAGAACGGUGUGUACCUGCGGCCCAGGACCUACGACCUGAAGGAGAGCAACGUUCAGCUCAAACUGACCGUAGUCGACACCGUGGGGUUCGGAGACCAGAUCAACAAGGAGGAGAGCUUCAAACCCAUAGUGGACUACAUCGACACCCAGUUUGAGACUUACCUGCAGGAGGAGAUGAAGAUCAAACGUUCCCUGUUCGACUACCACGACACCAGGAUCCAUAUCUGUCUCUACUUCAUCGCUCCCACCGGACACUCUCUCAAAUCACUGGAUCUGGUCACCAUGAAGAAACUGGACAGCAAGGUAAACAUCAUCCCCGUCAUUGCCAAGGCAGACACCAUAUCUAAGAGCGAGCUGCACAAGUUCAAGAUCAAGAUCAUGUCAGAGCUGGUGAGCAACGGUGUUCAGAUCCACCAGUUCCCUACUGAGGACGAGGCUGUCACCGAGAUCAACUCCUCUAUGAAUGCCCAUCUGCCCUUUGCUGUGGUGGGGAGUGUUGAGGAGGUUAAAGUGGGUAAUAAGAUGGUGAAAGCGAGACUGUACCCCUGGGGAACUGUACAGGUGGAGAACGAGAGCCACUGUGACUUUGUGAAGCUGAGAGAGAUGUUGCUGAGAGUGAACAUGGAAGACCUGAGAGAGCAGACUCACGCCAGACACUACGAGCUCUACAGACGCUGCAAACUGGAGGAGUUGGGCUUCACAGAUACAGACCCCGACAACAAACCCUUUAGUCUGCAGGAGACAUAUGAGGCCAAGAGGAAAGAGUUCCUGGGGGAUCUGCAGCAUAAGGAGGACGAGAUGAGACAGAUGUUUGUCAACAAAGUGAAAGAGACGGAGGCAGAGCUGAAAGAAAAGGAGAGGGAGCUCCAUGAGAGGUUUGAGCAGCUGAAGAGGAUGCAUCAGGAGGAGAAGAGGAAUCUGGAGGAGAAGAGGAGCGACCUGGAGGAAGAGAUGAACGACUUCAACAGGAGGAAGGUGGCAGCUGAGACGCUGAUGGGUCAGUCUCUACAGGGAUCCUCACAACUGUUCAGAAAGGACAAGAAGAAGUAA